AUGAGUUCAAAGCAGCAAGCAGAAAGACUGGAUACACACACAACGCAAAGAGAGAAAGAAAGGGAAAAGAGGCGCCUUAGAGACAGGCUAAGAAGACAGAACAUGAGCCAAGAACAGAGGGAGAAGCAUCUAGCUAGACGCCGUAGAAAUUAUCAACUCAGGAGACUCAGGGCUCAGAAUUCCAAUCAGCAAACAGAUACUCCAGAUUUAAGUAAUGAUACAACUGAGCCUAAAAUUCAAGAAGAAGCUCAGAAAAAGCGGAAAUACCCAAGAAGAUUGCGUUUAAGUGAGAUUAGACAUCUAGCUAGAACAUUACAUUGUGAUGGGAACCAGCAAAUUCAAGAGGUUUCAACAAGCUGUGCAGACACUAAGAGAUUAAGGCUAACUCAUGUUAAACGUCUGGCUCGAGCACUAAACCUCACUAUGAAGUAG